GCUGAAAGAAAAUUUUUAUAAACUAAUAAUCAACUAAUAAUUAGUUAAUAGAGUUAAUAGUCAACUAACAAAACUAAGAAAAUAUUAUAAAAUGAGGUUUAGGAAAUAUGUAGGUGACUAUUGGAAGUGGAGGUAUGAUGUGGAGGGCAGGUUGGUGCCUUCUAAAGUGAGUAUUUUUGGGUGGAGAUUAUGCUUAGAUAGACUCCCAACUAGAAGGAAUCUACAGAAACGAGGAGUGACCUUUCAGGAGGAUAAUACGACGUGUGGAUUAUGCAAGAAGGGGGUGGAGGAGGUGGAUCACUUAUUUUGCACGUGUAUGGAAGCGUGGGUAGUUUGGGCUAAGAUGAUUAAGUGGUGGGGUAUGGAGCUGGUGAUGCCGGACACAGUGAAGGGUGUGGCAGAGACUUUCAUCUAUGGGCUAGGCAGUUUGGUAGGCAAGGAGAUGGGAGCUUACAUUUUUCUUGUUACUGCUUGCCGUCCAGCGAUCAUCGUCUCAUCACCAUCAGCUGCAGAAGAAUGCUUAAGCAAGAACGACAUCAUCUUCGCCAGCCACCCUCGAUUGAUGAUUGGCGAACACAUGAGCGACAAUUGCAAAAGCCUCGUUUGGUAUUCAAGACAAGCCCGUUCAUUUAAGAACAGUGCUUUUGGAGUUAACGCUCAAUGUGAUGAUGAGGAUGAUAGCUCGAAAGUGAUACUAUGGCAAGAACAUAGCGGAUGCGGAAGAGGCGAGUAGAUUUUGAGCGCACUGAGCUGAGAUGAGGAAGGUGAUUUCCGUAACUAGUAGCGGGGAUUUCUUGCCCUGGCUUAAAUCCAAAAGGCUAGAACAAAGGAUGAUUGAGUUGUUGGGAAUUUCGAGCACCACAAUCCCACACAAACAGAAGCGAUAAAGAAAUUGAGACAAC